AAUUUCUCUUUGGGUGAUGAAUCUAUCUGGAAAACAGCGUUCUCGGUUUUGAGCCGGUUUUGACUAGUGACUAGUGUCAAUUUUGGAUACCCAUUAAAUUGUGGGUAAUUCGAUGGUGCGCUGAUGACCUGUCGAGAUGGUUAUAAUAUUUUCUAAAACAACCAGCCUUUUGGCAAACGAAUAUGUUGCCCAAUUCCCCAAGCAAAAAUUGUUUGCUGCCUUGUUCAAAGUUUCUGAAGACACUGGUGUUAUACUUACUAAAGAGAAGAAUUCGAUUGUUAUUUCGGGAGACUGGGUCGAUGUAGCUAGUGCCCAUGCAGCACUAGAACAUUAUCUUGAAAACAAGAAUCAGUUUGGCGACUUCGAAGAGCCUAAGCUAAGAGAGUUUGAGGCUCAAAAUAAAAAUAUUGAAAAUGCAUGUCAGAAACCUGUCAAACGAGUGAGAAAACCAAGGACAACAAUUCUGCCCAACAGAAACAAGUCAAAUGGUUUGCCAGAACCUUUGAUUAUGCAGCCAAAUGAAUUUGAACCACAAUUAACCCUUCAAGUGGAUAAUAUCUUUCAGAACUAUGUGAAAGCAACAAAAGCCACAGAUGAAUGUCAUAGAUUAAAUAAUGAAUUAGAAGCCAAGAAUGGUAAAUUCCUUAAUGACUCACCUGACACAACAGCUGUUCUAGAAACAAUUGAAAAUGGUUUAAAGUCAACAAUUGACAAGUCAUUAGAAGUUGUGAUCAAAAAGGAAAUAAAUGAACAUGAAUUUGAAGGUGACACAGAUGUUGAAGACCAUUUUGAUGUAAAUCCACUGAAAACAGCUUCAAACCCAGUCUCUGAUAGUGAUGUAAAUGAUGAUAUAUCCAAAAAAAAUUUACACAGCCCUGUAUCAAAUAUGAGUAAACAAAUCACUAAACCAAAAGCAACACAGAAGAGGAAUAAAGAUAAGUCGAAAACCUAUAUUAAAGGAAAUGACAAAGUUGAAAUGAAAUCUUAUGAAUGUACUGAAUGUAAUUAUAGAAGUCUUAACAAAAAAUACUUUAUGCGACACAAGCAGAGAAUGCAUAAUUUUACAUUAAAAUGUGACGAAUGUGGACGUGUAUUUGGACUGAAGACAGAUCUUCGUCGGCAUAUCUCAUGUGUUCAUAGGGAGCCAUCGUUUUUUUGUGAAGUUUGCCAACUCCAUUUCAAAUUUCGAAAAUCUUAUGUCAGCCACAUGAAAACUCAUGAUUCUAAUUAUGUUAAGCCAGAAUACCCAUGUGAAAAGUGUGAAAAAACAUAUGAUACUAUAUGUGGACUUACAAAACAUGUCAAUGCACAUCAUCUUGGCAUAAAGAAGGAAUCAUAUGUUUGCCCAACCUGUGGUAAACUAUUCACUCAGAGGCAUUCCUACAUUGAGCAUGCAAAUGUACAUGCAGGGAUAAAGCCAUAUGUCUGUAAUGAGUGUGGAAAGGCUUUCUCCUAUAAUUCGUCUUUGCGGGAACACAAAAACCUCCAUGAUUCAGAGCAGAAAAAACAUGAAUGUGAGAUCUGCAAGAAAACAUUUGCUCAAAGGACUGGUCUUCAUAUGCACCUUAAGACUCACAAAAACACCAGAGAUUAUAUUUGUCAGAUAUGUGGGAAAGGUUUCACACAGAAGCAAGCACUGCACAGACACGAACGGAUUCACAAUGGUGACAAGCCUUUCCAAUGUACAUUAUGCCAGAGGAUGUUCAGUGAUUCCUCCAUCCUACGACGUCACAUGAUACUUCUGCAUAAACGUGAUCCAAAGGACCCUGGGAGUUGGAAGAAAGAAAUCAUCAAUACCGGGAAAAAAGCAAGUGAUUUUUACUUUGAAGGUGGGUCUUGUCACAAUGCAGACAGAAGAGAUGGUCAAGUAGGCAAAAUGUCGGAUACUCUCGCCUCCAGUUCAGUCAUAAAAGAUUCACCAGAUACUUUAUACUUAAAUACUGUGUCUAAAUAAGAUAAAUAACCUGUGAAGAAAGAAUGAUCUGCAACAAAAAAUGGUUUUGAACAAUAGUCACCUCCAUGAGAUGGUCUAAGAUGUCUUCCCAGGGGAAAAUGUUUCAGCAAUUUAGAUACAGAUUCCCAGUCUUCACCUCUCAAUUAAAGCACCCCUUCAAACAUUUCUAAUACUGAAAUGAGCAUGGUGCUAGAAAUAAGCUAAACAUUGUUCAAUUAUCAAACUAACUACUUCAGACUGAACUGCCAAUGCCUCCUGACAAAGUGGCAUGCUGGGAGUGACAGUUCUAGUUUAUUAUGUUUUUUUUACAGUUUUCACUUUAAUUUUUUACAUGAUGUUAUCUAAGCAUUGAGGGGUUAAGAUCACUCAUUUCGCGAUUGAUUCUGGUCACAGCAGUGCAAUUUCUUAUGCCUGGAUGUAUUCAGUUUACCCUUGUUGUUAGUUUUCAUAGUUUCACUGUCCACCUUGUUCAGUCUUAGCAUAAUGAUGUUACUUUGUCUCUUUGUCGUUUGAUCAAUAACAUUGGUACAUGUAUUUCACUAUAUUAAAAACUAGGAAGUUGACAAUAAUGUUACUACAAUUCUUAUUUUAGAUUUUUAUGCCCAUGAAGGAGGGCAUAUAGUGAUCGAAGUGUCCGUCUGUCCGUCAUUCCGUCACACUUUGGGUUUAGGUUUGCUCAUAACUUUUAUGUCGCUUCAGAUGUAACCUUUAUAAUUGGUAUGCAAGUGUAUAUGGACAAGGCCUUUCCAUACGCACACAAAUUUUGACCCCUGUGACCUUGACCUUGGGGUCCCUGUUUAGGUUUCGAAAUCUGCGUUAAGGUUUUGAAAAAUGCUCAUAGCUUCAAUGUCCCUUGAGAUGUAACCUUCAUAUUUGGUAUGCAUGUGUAUAUGGACAAUGCCUUUCCAUUCGCACAAACAUUUUGACCCCUGUGACCUUAGAGUCCACGUUUAGGUUUCAAAAUCUGCGUUUAGGUUUUGAAAAAUGGUCAGAACUUCUAGGUCCCUUGAGAUAUAACCUUCAUAUUUAGUAUGCAUGUGUAUAUUGACAAGGCCUUUCCAUACGCACACAAUUUUUUACCCCUGUGACCUUGACCUUGAACUUAGGGUCCGGGUUAAGGUUUCAAAAUCUGCAUUUAGGUUUCGAAAAAUGCUCAUAACUUCUAUGUCCCUUGAGAUAUAACCUUCAUAUUUGGUAUGCAUGUGUAUAUGGACAAGGCCUUUCAAUAUACACACAAAUUUUGACCCCUUUGACCUUGAACUUAGGGUCCGCGUUUAGGUUUCGAAAUCUGCGUUUAGGUUUCGAAAAAUGCUCAUAACUUCUAUCAAAGCGUUUAUAGGGGGCAUAUGUCAUCCUAUGGUGACAGCUCUUGUUUAAAGGAUGUCAUUGGAUUCCUAAAGUUAUUUUUAUGUUUUUGCCCCAUCUGUUUGUUGGUUUGCGUCAAACUUUAAAAUUGGCCAUAACUUUUGCAAUAUUGAAGAUAGCUACUUGAUAUUUGGCAUGCAUGUGUAUCUCAUGUAGCUGCACAUUUUGAAUGGUGAAAGGUUAAGGUCAUUCUUCAAGGUCAAAGAUAUGGCUUCAAUGCGGCGCAGUAGGGGGCAUUGUGUUUCUGACAAACACAUCUCUUGUUCUUUUAAUAUUUUCACUACAGACUUAAUUUAAAAGUUUGUAAUACAUUUUAUAAUAAUAAAAUAUGAUUAUGUAUGAUAUUAAUACAAAUAUAAAUAAUAAUAAAUAAAUCAACCAAA